GUCAGCAACCGACAUGCUGGUGCUCCUCGUGUCAUGGAGUUUCUUCUCCAUGGGACUAUCAUUCCGCAUGGAGGGUGGGCUCAUGACAUUCACACCAAAAGGGAGGAAUCCGGAUGGCACAUAUCGGGUUGAUUUUCGAUACAAAGAAUCUUACCGAAAUUACUGCCAUCAAAAGUUUUACUGGGGCUGCAGCGGCGGGGACUGCGGCUACACGAGAGAAUUUCGAUACGGGCAGAUAGACAGCAGCCCGCUGGGGGACACCUGGUGCCAGGCUGAAGGCUUCAUGUCGAGAAGUGUCCCCAGUGACAAGCCGUUUGACCUGAGUGAAAACGGCUGCUGUUGGGUCUACAGUUUAUAUGGAUUCCCAAACUGGCUGCUGUCAACUCACGUGGACCUGGGCAUCAGAUCCGAUACUGGAAUUCCCAAUAGAUCUCCAGUCACAACACUCCCUCCAAGGCUAAGGGUCCCACAAAACUGCCCCACCACCUACUCACUGCUGGCCUAUGACCCUGAUGGUGACCAUGUGAAAUGCAGAUAUGGAAAGUCAAACAACAGUGAGUGCUCCACCUGUGCUCAACCAGCUGGCUUUGGACUAAAUGAGAUUUUGUGUGAACUUUCUUACUAUGGCUCACAACCUGGGGUGUACAUCUUUGAACUUGUCAUGGAAGAUUUUACACAGCGUCACAUUCAGUUACAAUACAGUGAUGGCUCGUCGGUGAGCAAAGCCCCCCUUUACUCUGUCAGGAAACGUAAAAGAACUGCUUCAACAACCCCAAGCAAUUCAGAGUGGCCAGUGAAUUACGUUCCAACAUUACCAGCUGCUUUAAUGACAAGUCCAGGCAGCUGGCCCUGGUGGUUUCGGUUGUGGUGGAAUGAACACUCCACAACAACGGCUCCUUAUACAACAACCCCAAGCAACUGGUGGUGGUCAACGAGUACGGAAACAGCAGUUCCUACCACAUCAAACAACUGGUGGUGGACAACGAGUACGGAAACAACAGCAGCUCCUCCCACAUCAAGUCCAGACAGUUGGCCCUGGUGGUGGUGGUGGUGGUGGUGGAAUGGACAAUCCACAACAACAGCUCCUUAUAUAACAACAUCAAGCAACUGGGGGGAGUCAACAUCUGUGGAAACAACAACAGCAGCUCCUUAUACAACAACAUCAAACAACUGGUGGUGGUCAACGAGUACAGAAACAACAGCAGCUCCUACCACAUCAAGUCCAGACAGCUGGCCCUGGUGGUGGUGGUGGUGGAAUGGACAAUCCACAACAACAGCUCCUUAUAUAACAACAUCAAGCAACUGGUGGUGGUCAACGACUACAGAAACAACAGCAGCUCCUACCACAUCAAGCAACUGGUGGUGGACAACAAGUAUGGAAACAACAGCAGCUCCUCCCACAUCAAGUCCAGACAGCUGGCCUUGGUGGUGGUGGUGGUGGAAUGGACAAUCCACAACAACAGCUCCUUAUACAACAACAUCAAGCAACUGGGGGGAGUCAACACCUGUGGAAACAACAACAGAAGUUCCUUCUACGACAACAUCAAGCAACUGGUGGUGGUCAACGAGUACGGAAACAACAGUAUCUCCUACUACAUCGAGCAACUCGUGGUGGACAACGAGUACGGAAACAACAACAACAGCAGUUCCUUAUACAACAACACCAACCCCUUAUACAACUAGCCAAAGUGGUUGGAGGCCUACCACCCAACCAUCAACAUACUCACCACCUACAGACUACGACCCACUAAGUAAAAUACCAAUCCAGUUCCUUGUGGAAGUUAUUUCUUCAGUGCCCAGCUGCAACUUUGGGGAUUACAGGCCUCAGUAUUUGAGCCCUACGCCUUCCCACGGACAAAUCCGAAAGGCGUUUGUCAAUAGUCCAUUUCAGUUCACUGUCAGAGCACAAGCAUCAUAUGCUGUCAUAGAGAACAUUGUGGUUAGUGGCCCACUGAAUAUAACAAAAUCAUACCAGUAUGAUAACCAGACAGGCAUCGGAAAAGCAGAGGUGAUGUGGACACCUUCUGAAAAUGACCAUGGCGAGUCUGUCCCCAUUUGUUUCUUUGCUGAGACUCAAGAAGGGUACCAGUCUGAGCUGAGAUGUGUGGUAGUGACAGUAGGAAGACACGACUUUCUCCCAUUCAAUGCUGAGGCCAGCGUUGUGUGCACCAAGACGACGAUGUCUCUGUUUGUGCUGAAGUCUUCGGUCCCAGGCCUUAACGAACAACACAUGCGACUUAAUGACCCCCGCUGCUCACUGACAUCAAAUUCAACACAUCUGAUCGCGAGUGUGUCUCUGAACUCUUGUGGCACCCGUUAUCAGGAAAAUGAUACAGAGAUAAUUUUCCAGAAUGAGAUUACAACGUUCGAUCAUUCCAAUCAAGUCAUAAGCAGAAAAAAUCAGGUUGAGAUUCCAUUCAGUUGUUCUUACCCUAAAAUGGGGACCGCAUCUGCUUCCUUCUCUCCUCACAAAGCGAGCUACCUGUUCUCUGAAGCCGGCUUUGGCUCCUUCACCUUCGUGUUUGAGUUUUAUGAGAGCAGUGACUUCACAAGCAUCAUCGACCCCAGCGAGUACCCGAUUGAGGUGGAACUUGGGGAGAUGUUGUACAUGGGCAUCAGUGUGGACUCGCUGCUUGACAACAUCAUGUUGUUUGUUCAGGACUGUAGAGCCACGCCUCAUGACGACCCCAAUGACCCAACCUACUAUGACAUCAUUUCAGACGGGUGUGUUCAGGAUGACACAGCAAUCAUCUUCCCCAGCAACCAGACAGAGUUCAGAUUUGGAAUGGCGGCCUUCACUUUUAUCGGGGAUUACAGCCAGGUGUACAUGACCUGUACGGUCAUUCUGUGUACUGCUGGAAGUCCAGGAACCCGAUGCUCUCAGGGCUGUGUUAACAGCACUUCUGCUGUGCCCAGAUACAGGAGAUCAUUGGCUUCAGAAAGUCAGGAGCACUUCAUCUCUCAGGGACCACUCUACCUUGAAAGAAAGAAUCAGUACAACAAUGAGGUCCAUCUGAAUCCAAACACACUCAUCAUUGUGGUGGGCUUCAUUGCAGCUGUGGCCAUUGUGGCCUCUGUGGUCGGUGUCGUGAUUUAUAAGAUAAAAAUGUCAAAGGUGGUCCGAUACGAACGUCUUACUGCUUCAGAGUGCUGAGCAUCUUCAGAAUGAGUUGUCACCUCUGUGGAAUUGGGUGAAAAGAGGAGAAAUUAUUGGGAGGAGGCCGUAACCGUGUUUCCGAAAAAUGGACAUUGACCUGAUAUAUGGUGGGGAGAAUCAGACGGCUUUGAAAACCACAAUUAGAUUACUGUGGAUUACUUUUUGCUUUAAAAUCUACAGGAGUUCAUUCACAGAGAGUGAAAUGUUGAUAGUAAGUGCUUCACUUUCAAAACUUACUAUGUCAUUAAAGUGGAAAUGUAAGGAGCGAUAAACUCAUUAGUUUCAAGAUUCAUCCUUCCUAUUAGGAUGUUGGGUGUUUUGCAUUGCGUUUAAACAAAGUUAGAGCAGGUUGUGGUCAGAACAGAAGAAGAGCAAAAUUGUUAACAGGUUUUACUUUUCAGUUGCUUUGACUGUGACAGUCCAACCUUAUUCCUGCAUCUCGGGUUUCUGGAUUUUCUGAAAAAAUUUCCUGCGCUGCAGCGAGUGGCAGCCAUUCCAGCAGCUCCGUGUAUGACUUUAUCUUUUUACUUUUUUUUUCUAUUUUUCUCUAUUUC